AUGGCGACUCCCCUGCCGUCCCUCUCUCCCGCCGAGUCUUCCUACAUCGCCGCCUCCCUCGCACACCCCGCAGAGCCCACCCGCAAUGACGGCCGCGCCCUCUUCGCCUCCCGCCCCAUCCAGGUCUCCUACAACGUCUUUCCCCACGCGAAUGGCAGUGCCCGCAUCACACUAGGCGGCACCGAAGUCGUCGCUGGUGUCAGAUUAGAAGUCGUCGAUGCCACUGGAGAGCAAAUAAAGGGGCAGGAAGUGUGGAAAACAAAAGUCACUGUCGAUAUCACUCCGCAAGCAUUUCCGAACACCUCUUCAUCAAUAAUCAACAACCUCUCUACCCACUUCCAAGCCCUUCUCACCUCCCACUUCGCCCCCUCCCUCCCGGCACUCCCCAUCCUUCCCAACAAAAAGUACUUUCAGCCCCACCUCCACCUCACCUUGCUCUCUUCUGCCGGAAACGUCCCCACUGCUCUGAGUAUUGCUGCUCGGGCGGCGUUUUCGGGUCUGAGGGUACCAAAGACCAAGGUCAUUUCCUGGGUCGGCGAACCGGGAGAGGAGGAGGGCGCAGAAGUCGCAAAGGGAGAUAUGAGUGGUAUCAAGGCGGCUAUCGCUGGAAGCAAGACGAAGGGAAAGGGCAAGCUGGUAGUCAAGGGGAACGAAGAUUGGGAUUUGGAUAUGGAAGACGGGGAUGGUGUAGCGUAUCUGGAAGGGAGAGAACAAUUACCGGUUCUUGUUGCCUUGAACAUUGCAAGUCUCUCGUAUCUCUUUUUCUCUCAUCUGGCUGACACCCUACAGGUCCCCAACUCUGCCAAUAUCUUCCUUGAUGCUACCGCUCAGGAAGAGGCCGCCUGCCCCACCCGCAUUCUCCUGUUCUUCAAACCCACCUCCCCCGACUCUUCUUCCGCGCCCAAUCUCUGUGGUAUGCGGUUAGAAGGACCUCACGGUCUGGAUCAGAGCCGAGUGCGGGGACUGUUAGAGCAAGGAGCGAGUGUGGCGGAGGAGCUGGUCAAGGAGCUGAAUAGAUCCAUACCGACUAGCGAUUGA